CUCCCCCAACCCCCCUCCCCCCUCCACCGCAACGGAACCAUGGCUCUCGCGGCCGCCGCCGUCGCCGCCGCGCGCCCCUCCCCGACCGGCUUACCCCGACCGUUAUGCCGCGCCUCCGCGCAUCCGUGCCGCCCUCGGCGGUGCCGGCUGGAGGCGAGCUUGUCGGCCUCCACGCCGGCGCCCGCGCCGGCGACAGCGGACGAGGGGGCCGCCGCGGGGCCGUGCCCCGUGGUCAGGUUCGACAUGGCCGACUUCACUGUCGCCGACCGCGUCAGCGUCGGGCUCCACGGACGGUCCGAUGAGAUGCUCUUCGAGGCCACGGUGCGCGAUCCUAGCAGUGAGCUGUACGGGUCGACGGUGGUGUUGCGGCAGCUGACUAGCUCACAGGCGAAACGGAGGGGCCGGCGCGCGCUAGAGGUGCUCAAGAAACUGGCCCGUCGCCAGAUGAUGUACCAUUCUUACGCGAUGCAGGUCCAUGGCUACGUUACUCCGAGCAAGGCCAUGGAGGAGGGUGACGCUCCGCUUGUCUUGGUGCAUGGGUACCAUGGGAGCUACUCCUUGCGUCACUGGUUGCAACUCUCGGAUUGGCUUCCAACCUUGGAAGCAACAUUAGCAUUGGAUGAAGAACAAGUGAGGAGGGUAGGAGAUGAUUCGGUUGGAGGGCCUGCUGUAACUCGGCAGCUGCGAUUAAUCAGGAUAUUGAUGAGAGACCUUCUGAUUGGUGUAAAUUAUCUGCAUAGCCAUGGAAUGGCUCAUACUGAGCUUAGGCUGGAGAAUGUUCAUGUCAGCCCAGUAGACAAGCAUGUCAAAGUUGGUAUUCUUGGGAAUGCUGUUGAUUUUCAUGACAAUGAUCCCAGCAACAGUACAAUAGCAAGUAACAACGAGAGGCGGAAAAUGAUGAUAGCAUUUGACAUGAGAUGUGUUGGCUUCAUAAUGGCAAAGAUGGUUCUGAGAGAGCUCAUGGAUUCAUCAACAUUCCAAAAAUUCAAGUCAUUCUUGAAUAAGGGAAAUGAUCCAUCAUGUUUGCGUGAGUUCCUUGUACCGAUUUUAAGCCAAAAUUCUCCAUCUGGGAAUAUUGGUCUGCAAAUGUUAGAUAGGCACUGGGGUGCUGGUUGGAAUCUUUUGGCCUUAUUACUGGCGACAAAAUCCGACAAAAGGAUAAGUUGUGUCGAUGCACUGCGUCACCCCUUCCUUUGCGGACCUAAAUGGCGUAUAAGUCCAACAGUGAAUGUUGUACGCUGGGGCUUGGGAUCAACUGCUGUCCGCCUGGCUGAAGAUUAUAUUUAUGGGCAUCAUCAGCGUAAACGGUUAGCAUAUUUCAUUGAGUUGAUGGAGGUGCUAAACCCUAGUUCAAAAACAGAGAAUUGGCUUCGCCUCCUACCUGGUCGUUGGUGCCUCUUAUACUGCACCGGUAGGCACAUCGGUCUAACACUUCGUCAGCCUACCCCCAGAGUCCUCAUCAGUGAUGCGUUCCUCACAUUUGCCCAAGUCCCAGAAUCUGUGGAUCCCGUUUUAUCUCUGACCUCAGAUAUUGGUUUCAAAAUCAUGCCGGAAUCUGACUGGCCCCACGACAAAUCCGGAACCGAAGGAAAUCUGUCAGUUACCACAUCGGCAAAGAUAACUCCUGGGAGGAUCUACACCAAUGCCGAGGAUAGUACAGACAGUAGGAUUACGACUUCUAGAUAUCUUGGUGGUAAAUGGGGAAAAGCUGCUAAGAUGAAGGAGCUGCCAGCUAGCCUCCCCACUGCUAGCGUCAACGUGGAUGAGGACGAAGUCGACGUGUCCAUGAGUUGUGGCUCAACUUUGAACGUCAAGUCUGCACGCAAUGUGCUGCAAGAGGUCCGUACGCAGACGCCACCGGAGAUGUUCGAUCUGUCAAAGAUUGUUUGCGGUACAUACAUUGAUUCAAGGUUGAUGAUUCUUCGCGGUGUUAAUGGGUCGGCCUUACUUUUCGUUAGAUCAAAUCAUACGUCUGACACCUGAGGAGCAUAUUUGUAGCCCAUUGUCUCCUCUGCAUUCUUGUAUCUCUAGGUGUACAUUAUUCAUUUUUAGCAGGUGUACAUAGUAAAGAUUCCAGCAGCUUAAAAAAAAGAUUCCAGCAGAAAAUCAGAGUGUUAUGUUAGAAAACAUAUCCCUAUACAUUAACAGAUUAACUGAGAAGGUCUACACAAGCUUCA